AUGGUGCAAGCUGUGCGAGAGCUGCAGCAGCUUCGUGAGGAUUUGAAUCCUGCAUCCGAACGAAGAUGGUGGGUACGACCUUCGAACCAGACCCGUUCCUCGGAAGGAUUUUUUGAAACAGCGUACCCGUUGAUGAGAAGGGAGGACCCGGAAUAUUUCUUCAAAUGCACACGAAUGUCCCCUCACGUGUUUGACAUCCUGUUGGAUCGCAUUAAGCACCGACUGCGGAAGUAUUCGAUUCGCGAACCCAUAAAACCGGCAUGUCGGCUGUUCCUGACACUAAUGUACUUGGCUCACGGAUCGAGUGUUUUUGAAAUUUCCCGAUUGUUCAGGAUGGGGGUAACAACGGUCAGAGAAGUGACGCAAGAGGUAACGAAAGUUUUAUGGGAUGAGCUACACGAGACGUUCAUGCCCGAAGUCACUGAGGAUAAGUGGAAGCAGUGUAGCGAUGAAUUCGAAACCAAGUGGAACCUUCCUCACUGCUGCGCCGCGGUGGAUGGAAAACAUAUUCCGAUACGUUGCCCUCCAAAUUCCGGAUCGCUGUACUUCAACUAUAAAAAACAGCAUUCUAUCGUACUUAUGGGAAUGUGCGACGCAAACUACAACUUUGUAGCGGUGGAUGUUGGAGCAUACGGAGGAAACGCCGACAGCAGUGUCUUCAGCUCGAGUGAAUUCGGUCGCCGUUUGUUGCAAGGCCGCUUGGGGCUACCUCAAGCCACGGCUCUUCCAAAUGGACAGCUUAUGCCCUACUUCAUAGUCGGGGACGCCGCAUUUCCCCUCAAAACCAAUCUAAUGAGGCCGUAUCCAGGACGUAACCUACCUGCCGUGCAAGAACAUUUUAAUUACAGGCUGUCACGUGCCAGAAGGGUGAUUGAAAAUGCCUUCGGCAUUUUGGUUUCUCGGUGGCGCAUUCUACUAUCGCCAUUAUACCUGCACCCUGAAGCAGCCGAUAAUUUGGUUAAGGCCACACUGGUUCUUCACAAUUUCGUGAAGGCUACAAAUGAAACCCAGUAUGCUCCUCCGGGUUACACUGACCAAAUUGGAAGCCAUGGUGAAAUCAUUGUGCCUGGAGACUGGCGGUUAACAGCGGAACCUCUCAACAGCGUAGAAAACAAUUUUGUGCAACGUGGGAAUAAUGCACCUCGCAGUGCUUAUGAAGUACGGGAUUCCUUGGCACAAUACCUUUUCGCAAAUAAUAUUUUAUUAUAA